AUGCAUUUCGAACGGGACGAACGGGGUGCUUUCGUACCAAUGGAAACUCUUUACGGCUACAACAUCGAAGAAGAUAUGACGGAUCGCUCUUCGGGCGCAUAUUCCGCAACAAUCCGAGCAUCCAGACAUGAGUCGUUAAACGGCACUACUCUGCCAGUCGCGUCUGCGAGCUCUGAUACCAAGUCUGUCCCGACGUCGAGCACACCAACCCGAAUCAGUACGAAAGAAUUUAGGCGAAUGGCAGGCCACGAGGUUGCAUCCUUCUAUGUCAAGACUAUGCGCGAGGUCAUUCCUCCUGAGAAAUGGUUCAAAACCGAGUCUCUCAAAGCCGACGAGGUGGCCGGGCUCGAGAGGAAUUGGGGUGGCAGAACUCCUUUGUCGUUGUGCCCUGGAAAGCUUCUUUUCGGUAGACGCCGACAACAGCUCUCAUGGUCUGCUGGGUGCGACAAAAUAUGGGCCGCAGCAAGGAAGCUGAAGGCGGAAAACGACACGCGAAUUAUACUUUUCGAUGAGAACUUUAGGAUCAUGGAUAUUUCCGACUCUCUAUCAAACGAAAUGGAGUUUGAACCCGCGAUAGAGUUGCUUAACAUCGAGCCAACUGGAGGAACGAGUUUUGAGAUAAAUGUUGUGACCUGCGUCCGAGCAGUUCUUGUCCAAGACGGAUAUAUGCCGGGAUCUGCAUUCAGGCACAGAACCUCGGCAACGCCAUAUUACCUCAGGGAACUGGUAGUUAGCAAACUAGAGACAGCGUACGCAGCUAACCGAACAAAUGGAUCUCCGUCUCGGGCCUCCGACUUGCCACUUCGACCGCGGAAUACAAGGCAUGAGGUGUCCACUCCACCAGUCUCAAGCGGAGUGACGCCAUACCAGCAGUCUUUUGGUCGAUACUCACAGACUGAUGGCUUCCAGCUAGCGACGGCAGCACAACCCUCCACCGUUGAUCGUACACGUAAGCGAGUUCUCGAAACUGGUGGGUCAUCAUCUGCCCGAGAAGUUCGAGCAUCCAGUAGCAAGAGACAGAAAACACUGCUUCGGGAUCCGCUGUCCCUACUUGACUUCAUGGAAAAUUCCAGCACCAUAGCGACUGACUUCACCGGACGUGCCGAGCUUGAAGAGCAGAUACGCACACUAACCGAGAAUAAUGCCGCGCUGACAGCCUGUGUCAACGAACAAGUUGAUAAGCUACACGAGCAGAUCGACCAGCUUAAGGAGCAAGUUGACGACCUGAGCAAGAAGAACAAGGCCAUCGACACGAAAAAUACUGAAUUAGCAAUGCGCUUAAAGGAGCUUCCUAGCGUGAAGCGCGAGAACAAAGCCCUUGAGAACUUCAAAGCUAAGCAUGUCGAGUUCUGCCAGCCUGUUAUGCUAGGACUUCUUACGCGCAAGAAUAUCAAGGACGGGAGCAACGCGGAUAUUGCUGCACUGGAUGCGAAACUUCAGUACACUGAGACAUAUGGGCUUGAUAUUGUGGAAUAG